AUGGCGCGAGCGCCGAGCGUGCCCGCGGCGACGGCGGUAGGGAUCGUGGUGCUGCUGGCAGCCGCCGCCGACUUCCUCGGCGCGGAAGCGAAAUCGUGCACGAACGCGUUCCCGGGAUUGACCUCGUCGCACACGGAGCUCGCGGCGGCGCAGCUGCGGCCAGGGCCGCCGGCGACGGCGCUCCAGCCCGUCGUCCACGGCCACGGCCACGACCACGACCACGGACACGAGCAGCACCUCACCCCGACCGAUGAGUCCACCUGGAUGUCGCUCAUGCCGCGGCGGGCGCUGCAGCGCGAGGAGGCAUUCGACUGGCUCAUGCUCUACCGCAAGCUCCGGGGAGCCACCACCGCCACCGCCGGCGGCGCGCCGCGGCCCCGGGCCGCGGCUGGGGCGUUCCUCUCCGAGGCGUCCCUGCACGACGUGCGGCUGGAGCCGGGCAGCCUGUACUGGCGAGCCCAGCAGACCAACCUGGAGUACCUGCUCCUCCUGGACGUCGACCGCCUCGUCUGGAGCUUCCGCAAGCAGGCCAGCCUGACGGCGCCGGGGACUCCCUAUGGAGGGUGGGAGGGCCCUGACGUCCAGCUCCGCGGACACUUCGUUGGUGCGCCGCCGGAUCUCCGUUUGGCUUCGAUUUGGAGCAUUUACCCAGAACAACCACGCAGCUAG